GUCCAGCCCCCUUUUCCUUUCAUCGUCCAUGAGAUCAUAAUGCGCCACAAACACACUGAAACCCAGCUAUUUACGGAGUGUUCGUUAUAAUCAAAGGAAGGAUUAUGGCUUCGGAAGCGAUUGAAUUGAAUGGAGAUGCUAACAGAAGUGAUUCAAGAGAGAUUCAGGAGAACCCAAAGGAAAAAAGGCAGCAGUCUGAUCGUCCCCGGCAGAGCCACUGGUCAAGGAACACCCCAAUUAACAUGAACCAUUACGCCAAUAAGAAGAGUGCAGCAGAGAGCAUGCUGGAUAUCGCACUGCUGAUGGCCAAUGCCUCCCAGCUGAAGAUCAUCCUGGAGCUGGGACCCAAGUUCUCCUUAUACAUUCCUCUCAUCUGUCUCAUCAGCAUCUCCCUCAUCCUUCAGAUCACCGUGGGGGUCUUGCUUAUCUUCAUAGUGAAGUGGAAUCUGAAUGACACGAGUAAACACUACAUACUGAAUCUUCUGGAGAACAUCGUCACAGCUCUCGUCUUCAUCAUCGUAGUAGUAAAUGUUUUCAUCACGGCAUUUGGCGUCCAAAGACCAGAGGACACGAAAUCAUAACAGCCAACAUGAGUUUGGGAUUUCAUACAAUUAUAAAUAUUUGGACAUUUAUUAUCAAAGACCAAGCAAGUUGACAUGACAUAUUCGAAUAUGCCUUGUUUUGCAGAACCUUUUUUAGUCCCAAAAUGAGCUAAUAACAUCUUAAUAUAAAUUACAUUUUAAAAAUGCAACUUCAUGUAAUUAUUUUUAUGGGUAUUUGUUUGUGUAAUUCACGUUGUUAAAAUGCAUCGUGAAAUUGGAUUGGAUAUUCUAAUUGGAUCAUUACUGAGAUUGAAAAUAAUCAAGACAGAAACUAAAAAGACAAUACCUUUCCAGACCGAAAUGGAGAGUGGCACCUCUCCUCACAUUCAUACUGCCUACUUGAUCACUGUAUCAGCUGCCUAUAUGGGGAAAAUGGGCUUAUUUCACUGUAUGUGUUGUUCAACACAAUGCAACCCAUGCACACAGCCCGUUUGUAUUUGUCUUUACUUGCAGGUCAUAUUUGAUGCAUGAAGGAUAAAUUGCUUACAAAGUCAAGUGUGAGCAGCUUAAAUCGGCACUUUAGCAAAAAUUAUUUUUUUUUCUUGCAAAACUCUGUAAGUGAAGAUUAAAGAUCAUAAAUACAGCACAUUUUUCUUGUACUAACCCCAAACGUCAGAAAUAGAUUUUUUUUUUUUUUUUUUAGGAAUUUGUAUAAGAGCGCCAUCUACUGACUAGGCAACCAUAAUGCCUUUUUCUUUGAAAUAUUUGUUAUUUUAAAUGUUAAUGUUGUUUAGUGUUUUGAUGUUUGUUGUGAUGUACUAUCCAUAUGUUUAUAUGUUUCUUGGACUUUUGUACAUUUUAUAUCAAUAUUGUUUGUAUAAAUGGCCAAAGAUUUCCUUCUGUUUUUCACUUUUAGACAGCAGUAUGGAGUCAUAAAAGAAAACAAUUGCAUUGAUUUAUUUCAGUGCACUGAUAAAUAGUAGACCGACAGAGUUGUCUUUAUAUUCAGUAUUGUACACUGGUAUUCUUCAGUCUUAAAGCUGCUGAAAUUCUGACAUCAAUAAAACUAUUUUUCAGCAA